AUGGUUGUUCGUUGGAAUCCUUCGAUUAGAAAGUCAAUCACUGUUCCUAUGCCUAACAAGUUUAAUUUGGAUCCUGAAACCAAUCUUGGUUUUGGGGUUUCCCCUGUGACUAGUAACCCUAAGAUCGUUGAGAUCACACAAUUUCACAAAACUAACUGCCAUUGUGAAGCUAAAGUUUACACUGUAAGCUCAGGCAAAUGGAGAAAUCUAUCUAACAAUCUUCCUAGUAAACCAUUUCGUACCUUUUGGCCUCAGGUGGUUGUUGAUAGGUUUAUUUAUUGGUGUACUUUUGACCCUAUGAAUAUAGAUAAUGAGUUACCGAAUAAUAAUUUUAUAAUGUCAUUUGACAUAACUAAUGAGAAUUUUGGAGUGGUAGACCUCCCAGAUAGUUUAAGGAGCCACUCUCCUAAACAGUUGUGUAUUUCUAAGGUAAGGGAGUCUCUUGUCAUACUUGAAUUUGAUGGCCAUACGAAACGUGCUUGUGGUGUAUGGAUGAUAGAGAAUGGUGUUGAGAAAUCAUUUACAAAGAGAUUUAUUGUUGAGGCACCACCAUAUUGGUCAAUGUCAAUAACAACACUUGGAUUUAGGAAGAGUGGUAAACCUAUAAUGGAAGUGGAAAAUGCUCAUAUAUGUUAUGAACAGGGUGCACUUAUGGUGUAUGAGCCCAACAUUGAAUGCUUCAAAUAUCUUGGGAUGUAUGGAAAACCCGGAACAUUCAUUGUGCAUUCCUACAUAGAAGCACUAGUUUUGAUAGUUUAG